AUGUUCGGUGGCGGGCCGAAAUUGUCAUUUGAAGCUUUCGGACCCAAUGAAGGAGAGAAGGAGCAGUUAAAUAAGGGUUGCUCAGAAGGUGAAUGGCAGAAGCCUGAGACUAAAAAACGAUCGCAGGAAAAUCAACCAUUAACACAGCCAAGAAAGGAAGAAAUUAACGCUGAGGAGGACGUAGAGCAAGAAGGUUGCUCAGAAGGUGAAUUGCAGAAGCUUGAGGCUAAAGAACGAUCGCAGGAAAAUCAGCCAUUAACACAGCCAAGAAAGGAAGAAGUUAACACUGAGGAGGAAGUAGAGCAAGAAAAAUCGGCAUUGCUGCUUCUCCCUCUAGACAACGCCGUUUUAGUCGCUCCGAGUUCGGAUCCAGCUCAUGCUCUGAUUGUAUCUGUGGGGACAUCUACAAACGUUGGUCAGAAAACAGCGAAUCAGCCCCGUGUUGCCAUAGUCUCGCAACUCACCGAAAGCCAUGGAUUGCCUCUUCAAGCUUCAACAUCGCUAGCGGUUGUACCUGGACAGGACUUGCAAAAACCAGCGAAUGGAGUUAAGGCAAGUGUUUACAUGAAUCAAUUCUUUCAACUCUAUCAUGAUAUUCCAACAUCGCCAUUGCUUUCGCCAGCCAAACAAAUGUAUGCUAACGAGACAAAGCAAAAUGAGAGUCCUGCACUGCCUGUUCCUGCCCCUGUCUCCUCUGUAUCUCCAGUAGAAGUCAUUGCUAAUGUGCCAGCACAGCAAGUUUCAGCAUCUAAAGUUUUCGAUAAUACGGCAGUACAACCACCUCAAGGAAGAGCUCUGAAAACAACAGAUCCACAGAAUGACGCCCCAAUUAACAAGAGUUCGAAAUUGAGUGCAUCACCAUUCAAAGUACUCGCUAAAAUGGCCCCAAAGGUGCGAUCAACGAAACAAGCUGCAUUAACUGAAAAAGUGGAAAUAAAAACAACUGUUAAACAAACUCCUGGGAAAGUCUUACAAGAAACGAACACGAAUGCUUCUCAAGUGGUCGCAAAGAGAUGUGUUUCUGAUCCCAUCGUCACUCCCGUCACUGACGAGUUUCCCACCGAAAAUCUGGAAGAUCAAUGGGUCGCUCCAAAGGAAAUUAUUGCGGAAAAGGAGACAUCGCAUAAUAGGGCUUCUGUACCUGAACAGGCAAAGAAGGUCGUGACAUCGAAAGUUGUUAUCAACAAUGCCCAAUUUAUCUUAUCUUCAUUAUGA